AUGACAGACAAGCUCCCUCCUCCUCUGCUGGCCCUUUUUCAGCCCCGGCCACCCCUUCGCUAUAUUCCUCCCUCGGAUCGCGCCCCAGAGGACUGCAAGAAAAGCGCCAUUUCCGGAGUGGCCCAGUACCUCUCUGAAGCAAAAGCCUUUGAAGAAGAGUCACCUUACAAUGCUACUGAGUGCUGGCUCCAGCGCAAAUGGCGCCAGAAAUUGGAGCAGAAGGAGAUGAUAGCCGCAAAGCUGAACGACAGCCUGCAAGACUACAACCCAGAGAAGGAUACGCAAGCUCGAGGGGACCCAUUCAGGACACUCUUCGUUGCUCGUCUCAAUUAUGAGGUGAAGGAAGCAGAUCUGGAGCGGGAGUUUGGCCGCUUCGGCCCCAUUGAGCGCAUUCGCAUCGUCAAAGACACAGUGUCCCCAAAGGCAGCCAAGAGGCCCAACAGAGGCUAUGCGUUCAUCGUUUACGAAAGGGAGAAAGACAUGAAAGCGGCCUAUAAGGAAACAGAUGGAAUUCGGAUCAAAGACCGACGAGUCCUUGUGGAUGUAGAGCGCGGCCGCACGACAAAGGGAUGGAAGCCACGUCGCUUUGGUGGAGGUCUUGGAGGACGUGGAUAUACCAAGGCAAUGCCCUCGCGACCCAUGGGACCUGGAUUCAACGCCCCCUCCGGACCAGGAGGUUAUGGCGGUGGCUUCCGAGGCGGCUUUGGUGGGCGAGGCUUCCGAGGCGGAGGAUUUCGCGGCGGCGGUGAUCGAUUUGGUGGCCGUGGAGGCAUUGGUUACCAAGGCGGUCGCAACGGAUUCGGUGGCCAAGCACCACCCAACGCCCCCUCUGGCCCCGGGGGCGGACGAAGCGGAGGAUUUGGCGGUGGUUCUUACGGAGGAGGAGGAGGAGGAGGAGGCAGAUUCGACCGCGGCGCAACUGGCAGCAACCGGGAGCCCGUACGUCCCAGAGAUGGACCCUCGGACCGUGAUCGUCGCGACGACCGGGACCGUGACUACAGAGACCGUGACCGCGCCUCGGACCGCAAUGGAGAUCGCGAUCGCUACCGGGACCGUGAUCGCGAGCGUGAUCGCGAUAGGUAUGGCGGCGGUGGCCGAGAAGACCAUAGCCGCAAGCGUCAUCGUGAGGAUGAUGGCUAUGAUGACCCGCGCUCCAGGAGACGAUACUAA